AUGGCUUUUCCAUUCUUGUCUGGUUCAAAUUUCUUAGUCCAACUUAAUUUUUCUUACACUAGGUUGCUUGAUACUCUUGGCUUGAAGAAAAAUGAAAACAACUCUGAGGUGUCACGGUUUGUGCUUCUGGGCCUGUCCUCUUCCUGGGAGCUGCAGUUGUUUCUCUUCUUAACCUUUUUAUUGGUCUAUGUUGCCCUGUCCUUGGGGAACCUCUUGAUAGUGAUGGUGGUGCGGGCUGAUGCUCAUCUGCUGCAGUCACCCAUGUACUACUUCCUAAGCCAUCUGUCGUUUAUUGACCUAUGCCUGAGCUGUGUUGCUGUACCCAAAAUGCUAAGAGAUUUCCUCCAGAAGGAGAAGACAAUACCUUUCUCAGGAUGCCUGGCCCAGAUCUUCUUCCUUCACUUUCUGGGAGCCAGUGAGAUGUUCCUGCUGACUGUUAUGGCCUACGAUAGGUAUGUCGCCAUAUGCAACCCUUUGCACUACCUGACAGUCAUGAAUAACCACCUGUGUCAUCAGUUGGUGCUUGGCUGCUGGUGUGGGGGUUUCAUCCACUCUAUCACACAGGUCAUAAUUGUCAUCCAGUUGCCCUUUUGUGGUCCAAAUGAACUGGACAACUUCUAUUGUGACGUCCCUCAGGUCAUCAAAUUGGCCUGCAUAGACACGUACUUGGUUGAGGUGCUGAUGGUCUCUAACAGUGGCAUACUGUCUCUUGUCUGCUUCCUGGUCCUGCUCUUCUCCUAUGCCCUCAUCUUGGUCACUCUGAGCAGUCACCUCCGACGGGGCCAGGGCAAGGCGCUGUCCACCUGUGCCUCUCACCUGACAGUGGUCAGCCUGAUCUUUGUGCCCUGCGUAUUCAUCUACUUGAGGCCUUUCCGCACCUUCUCUAUGGAUAAAAUAGUCUCUGUGUUCUACACAGUGAUCACACCUAUGCUGAACCCCCUUAUCUACACACUCAGAAAUGCAGAUAUGAAACAAGCUGUAGAAAAGCUGAGAAGGAAGCAAGUGACAUCCCACUGUUGUGUUAAGGGGUGA